AUGGAUGGAGGAGAAAACGAAUCGCGCAUCAGCUACCAUGAAUAUAAGAACAGGCUGAAGAAACUAACGGAGGAAAUAAAAAAGGAAAAGAAAAAAAAGACGAUUAACAAAAAUAAGAAUAGCGACAAUUUGAUAAAACUGGAAGAGGAACUGAGCAAGCUGAACGCCAUGUACAAUGUGGGGAAUGCGGAGGGAGGAAGCGAAAUGAAUAACUAUGAAGACAUGAACGAUGGUGUAGCUGCCACGGAGCUAUAUUCAUACAAUACAGUCUCGAAAAAGGCUUUAAGAAAUAUAAAAAGGACACAAAGAAAAGAGAUGGAGGUUGAAAAGAUUGAGCAGUCUAGAAGCAAAGUAGGGGAACUUGAAUAUAAUGAAUUGGCCGAAUGUUUAAAACAAGUAAAUAAAACUAUCCAUCCCAUCGCUCCUGAUGGGAAUUGUCUGUACGAAUCUAUUUUACACCAACUGAGACAGAGAGUAAGCGGUUGUACAUAUCACGAAGAAGACUUUUUGCAUCUCCUACGUGAGGAAAGAUUUUCUUUGGACAAUGUUAAUUUGAGGGACUACCAAAAGGGGGGUCCCUUUGACUUUAGCAUUUUCUCCGAUUUGGACCCGCAGGGGUUGAGCAGUGACAUCCUGCGCUUUAUCGCUGCCGUGUAUAUUUUGCAGAACGAGGAGGAGUUUGUUCACUUUGUGUAUGCGGCUGAGGAGGACGAGCCGGCUGCGGAUACCUACUUCUGUUAUUGUGAAGCUAUUAUCCAGGGAUGUUACGGGAGCGAAAUCGAAAUCAAUGCCCUUUCGAAAAUCUUGAAGAAGAAAAUUACGGUCUAUGAUGUAAAUAUGAAAAUCUCAUAUGGAGAGGAGUAUGAAACUGAGCUGUUCAUAUGUUUCCACCAUAAGCUGUAUGCAUUAGGAAAACACUAUAAUUCCGUCGUUGACAUGUGA